CGAGGCGCAUGUCGCGGUCGCUGGCCGAUGCUGCCGCUACGGCACUAGACAGCAACCCUCUCGGUGACGAGGAGUCACGCAAGGUCGAGAAGCCGGUCGCGAACAGCGCCCGCUGCAUCGAGCUCGCCAGAUCGCUCUUCGGCAUCGAGCCACUGACCGGUUCGGUCCGCGACCUUGAUUCGUACGACGACCGCAACUUCUACUGCAAGGCGACGUCGUCGCGCCCGGAGCUGAAAGCCGCGGCCGACUGCCACGCGUGCGGCGACCCGCCGGGCAGCUUCCACUUUGUCGUCAAGGUGCACAACGGGGUUGAGUCGCUCUCCCCCGGCUUCAUCGAGUGCCAGAACCUGGCGAUGGAGCUCGUGCGCGCCGCCGGCGUCUGGUGCCCGCGCGCCCUCCCGUCACUCGAGGGCCGGCAGAUCGCGUUUGCCGAGCAGCCUCUCGCCGACGGCUCAGUGCGGAGGCACGCUGUCCGCUGCCUGCCCUACCGGCCAGCCUGCCUGCUCGGCUCCGCGCUUCCUGGUGCGGCGCUGCUGCGCGAGCUCGGCGGCGUGACCGCGCGCGUCUCGUGCGCCCUCUCUGCCUUCGACCACCCCGAGGCGCACCGAACCUUCAUCUGGGACCUCGCACAGACGGCCGCGAUACGGCCCCUCCUCCCCCUCCUCGCACCCGAGCGGCGGGCCCUGAUCGCCGACACCCUCCGCGACUUCGAGUCGACGGUGCUGCCACUCUCCGACCGCCUGCCGCGCCAGGUCAUCCAUGGAGACGUCAACGACCAAAACGUUCUCGUCGGGCCGGCUGGCGGCGGCGGUGAGGGCGGCGGCGGCGGUGAGGGCGAGAGCGAGGGCGGCGACAACGGUGGCGAGCCUGGUUGCGGUGGUGCGGCGGUGCUCGGCGUGAUCGACUUUGGCGACCUCGUGCAUACCUGGCGCGUGAACGAGCUCGCCAUCGCCACAGCCUACGCCCUCAUCGCGCUCCACUACGACUCUGCCGCCCGCGCCUCGACGCACGCCUCCGCCUCCCUCAGCCAGCCCUCCCUCAGCCAGCCCUCCCUCGGCGACGCCUCCGCCUCCGGGGAGGGCGAGGGUCGCGGCCAUGGCGGCGGAGGGCCAGGCGCGGUGGCGGAGGAGGAGGCCGCGUGCGCCUUGGUGUCUGGCUUUGCGGAGGAGGCGGAGCGGCAAGGUGAGCCCUCCCCUCCCCCCCCUCUCCCACCCCAACAC